UUAUCAUUAUAUGGCAUGACUUUCAAAGUGAUCAAUUACUCCCAUUUCUAAAUAAUGUGAAAUAUGGUAUUACAAGCUUUGAAAAGCAUGCCACAUAAUAAGCAUGCCACUUACGGUCGUAAGACCCAACCACCUAUAUUGCAAUCAGCAGGACUUCAUUAGUAGUUAGGAUCCAGUGGAAGGCUUAGAAUACUGGCAAGGAGCAGUACACCCCACUCUGUACACUAAAUGCAUAGCUGCUGUAAAGCUUAUCUGUUCCCGUUCUCCACAUGGCCUUCAGAUGAACUCUGAAACUCUUCCUUCUCUCAGUCUUGCUCAGAGUAAUAGACUGUUCCAUGCUGCCACUCUGUUUCUGUCUGCUAGGAAGGACCUGAUUAACUACGGGCAGAUGGAGAAGAUGCUAGAGUAAGGGGUUUGGUGGGACAAAAGCAAUUUGCUAACAUUGUUGGGGAAAAGAUACACACAAGCAUCCCAAUUUCCAAGCCUGUAGAUGCAGCUCUGUGGCACAGAGCCAAGGUGUAGCAAUAUUUGGAAAUCCAAGCACACAUGGAUUUGGCACCAGGUAAGUAUGUCAGCAGGACCUCAAACACAGGAUUGAGGUUUAGAGGCCAGUAUCUCCAGCCCUGGGGUGGGGAGACUGCGGGGCAAAAAAGUGGCUGUGCUGACUCAAGCUCUUGAACUGUCCUCUGAUGGCAGACAGGCCCCCAACGGGGAAAGCAGUUGGAGUGAGAGCAAGGCAGGCUUCACCAUGUAUACAAACAGAACUUUAUAAUCAGAUUAGAAGUGUGUGUGUGUGUGUACAUAUAUAUAAAUAUAAAUAACUGGCUAAAAUUUGCUAAGAAGCACAACAUUCUUUGGAAAUGAAACAUUAAAAUCCCAUUAGCAUUAAGUUUUUAGUCACCUAUUUAAGCUUUUUUUUAAAAAAAAAAAUGUGUGUGUGCUAUCGGUUAUGGAUUUUUUUUCUCCUUCUUCUUCACUGUAGUUUUUACUCUUGUUUCUAAUGAGGCUUUUUUUUUUUUAGUGGCUGGAAAAAGGAAAUUUUAAUUACUUUUUUUGAGCCAAACUCCAAUUAUGCAUGUUUUCCCUUUUUGAUUCUCCCAUAUCUGUAGUCCAAAAUAUGCUCCGAUAUUUUCGUCAUCAUUCCCACAUUUCAGUUUUGCAUGAAGCACAUCUUCUCCAAAGAGUUUAAAUUUUACAUGGUCCCUUUUCCCUUCCAUAAAACUUCACUGGCCAUUUCCAAAUGGUGAAUCCUGAUUAGCGUAGGUUACAUGUGCUGUGGAGCAGAACACCUGAAGGCAGAAAUGUUCUGAAAAUCCAGGACUACUGAGUGCUCCCUGGGCUUGCCCCUAAGCGGCAUGAGCCUGAAUCCCCCUCACUUCCAAGGCCCGUGGCAGCAGCAGGGAGUGCUUCUGCAGGGACACAGGAGCAGUGAGACUCCCAGGUGGUUAUCUUGCUCCACGAGGCUCCUACUCCGCCAGAACAAACUCACCAUCUAAUUAUACAGGAUUUGUCUCCUGAACUUGCUUUAAAACCAGUUUGAGAUUUCAAGGGCCCUGAAACAGGGUUGCUUUGCUUCCUGAAAUUCCCUUACAGGGACUACAAUUCUGUUGAACAAGUAAUGAUCAAAUGUCCACUUGGUGCUAGGACACUGCCUGCGUGUGGGGAUAUAAGGGUGAGUGGUGGUACCCCUGCAGAGGAGAUUACUGUCUUGGAAGGAAAGGCAGGUCAGACAAGUCUUCAUUUCAAGAAGACCUUGCUAGUCCAUAUUAGGGAUAGAAGUCUCAGAGAAGGAAGGUUUUCAAAUCCAUUCUCAAUCAAGUAGAAUUGACCAAGGAAUCUAAAUAUCAAAUCUCUUCUAAUAGCUAGGAGAGUAUGUGGGGUCUUCUGGAGGCCCAGGAGGGAGUGGCAACUUCUGACUUGACAGUUUUGCCUAUAACUGAUCUCAUUUACCUUUAACUGUUUGGGAAUAAGUGGAAGUGGUUGUUUUAGAAUUAUUUUAACCUGGGCAUAAUUUGGGAGGGACAGAUGGAUGGUACAAGCAGACCCUUACCUGAAGUGGAUUCUGUUUUCAUCACGUUGUUGAGUGCUAUGGAAGCUUCAGCACUUACUAAACCUCUUUGUGUAUGCAACAGCAGAAGCCCCUAUUUAAAGUGCACAUUACCUUGAGAUGGCCUGAAACUAAUUUCUCUGCAUGAGCUUUAAUAGUCGAGUAAAAAUUUUCUUCCCUUGGCACUUUUCACGUAUUGCAUCUGAUUUCUGCCUUUCUCUUUGAAUUCAUAGUUAGAUUCAGUAUAGAUACCUGGGAGUUCAAACAUGGAAUUUGGAUUCUUCUCUGUUUGUGAUUUUAAUCACAUUAGGCAAUUAACCAUACCUGAAUGGAGGAAUGGCCUCCAAAUGUUGAGGCUCUUUCAGUGUGAACAUGUUUAUAGUUAGGAGCAAACAUUUUUCUAAGACCCGUGGAAGUGGGGUGAGUGGUAAUAAAUAGCUCAUCACAGUUUUGGGAUAUAUAUGAUUUUCAGAUUGAGCUGACCUAGGGGCUACUUCCUUUAUAAUAAUAAAUCACCAAUAGCUUGGAAAUGUUUUAUACAAAAAAACAAACAAGCAAACAAAAAAAAACCUGAGGAAGUCAUCUAAGAAUCAAGUAUUGCUUAAGUAAUAUUACUUUGUAUUUGAGUAUACUUGUGGCUCUUUCUCUCAGACAUCAUUGCUCUCUUUUGUACAAUUUGCUCUCCUUUUCUGUUUGCAAAUACUAAUUGCCCUAUGUGAUGAAAGUGAAAAUUCCCUAAUGAACCAUUCCUUUGUAUUUCUUAGCUUUCUUAGUUUAAUAAGAAUAUGCAAUCAUAGGAAACUCCCCUAUCAAGAAGUUAAAAUUAAAUGCUAACUUCCGAGUAAUACAUCUUUAAGAUAGUACUUUUAAAAGAGAAGAAAAACUUUUUAACUUAAUAUGGUAUUUUGUUCCAUAAAAUAAAUAACCAAGGAAAAUGUUUCCGAACUGGAAAAACAUUUAUGUGAAUAUUCCAUCUCAUCAGGUCAUCUUUUCAUUCUGUCUGGGUACUCUAGAAAAAUUAGUGGCCUGAAGCAACAUCAUAAUUGUAGAGAUGAUAAAAGUGAAAAUGAUAAAAGUGAUGGAAUUUCCUGGUUCCACUUUGGAAUUCCUUGACUUUUUCCUGUUAGUUCUUUUCUUUCUUUCCUUUCCUUUCCUUUUCAUUUCUUUUUUCUUUUCUUUUCUUUUCUUUUCCUUCCUUCCUUCCUUCCUUCCUUCCUUCCUUCCCUUUCUUUUCUUUCUUUUCUUUCUUUUCUUUCUUUUCUUUCUUUUCUUUCUUUUCUUUCUGUCUUUUUCUUUCUUUAAUACACAAGGAUCUUCCAUCCACUGAUUCACUUCUCAAAUAUUAGCAACAGCCAGAGCUGGGCCAGGCCAAAGCCUGGGACCUAGAACUCCAGCCAGGCCUCCCACGUGCGUGGCAGGAACCAAGUACUUGACCCAUCACCCACCCACUACCUCCCAGGGUGCUCAUUAGCAGAAAGUGGAGGAGGAGACAGGACUCAGACCAGGCACUCUCAUGAGAUGUGGGUGUCCUGAGUGACACCAAAAUGUCUGCCCCACCAGUGCUUCUUGAAAACAAAUAUGUCUACUCUUUUCCUUCACUUUUCUGUUAGUUUUUAAUAUUUAUGUAUUAAAUAGAAGACCUUUCUGAAGUUCAGGAAGGCUAAUUUUUAUGAUAAGUUUUCAAAAACAUUGUCCUAGAACUAUAUUUAAUGAAUUGCUCAAAAUAAGUUGAAAAUAUCAAAUACAGGCAUUCAAAAAGAUCAUCCUUGGUUUUUAUCAAGUUUAUUUAACUCAUGUAGAAAAAUGCUAUAAUUGGGCUGGCGCUGCGGCUCACUAGGCUAAUCCUCCGCCUAGCGGCGCCGGCACACCGGGUUCUAGUCCCGGUCGGGGCGCCGGAUUCUGUCCCGGUUGCCCCUCUUCCAGGCCAGCUCUCUGCUGUGGCCAGGGAGUGCAGUGGAGGAUGGCCCAGGUGCUUGGGCCCUGCACCCCAUGGGAGACCAGGAAAAGCACCUGGCUCCUGGCUCCUGCCAUCGGAUCAGCGCGGCGUGCCGGCCGCGGCGGCCAUUGGAGGGUGAACCAACGGCAAAGGAAGACCUUUCUCUCUGUCUCUCACUGUCCACUCUGCCUGUCAAAAAAAAAAAAAAAAAAGAAAGAAAAAAGAAAAAUGCUAUAAUUUUCUGUAUCCCCGACAUAGAAUGAGUUCUUUAAGACCCUACUCUAACGCACGGGUUUUAGGCUCAGGCCUUUGCUGUGUCUCCUGCUUCACGGUGAAAUUGCAGCUCCUUUCUGCUCUUCUCUGCAGAGAGCAGCUAGCACCCCACCCACCCCCACCCCCAGCAGCUCACCAUCCUUCCUGCUUCUUGCCAGCCGCUGAUAUAAGGCCUCAGGCAUGUUCUCACUUUGCAAAUCUUUGUUAGGAAUGGGGGCCAGAUUGAUGUUAUCCACUUGUUCUAGUUGAUUCCUUAGUAAUAAGGCCAAUCAGAAAAGGCUUAUUUUCUGAAGCAAAGUAAGUGUUCCAGACAGCUUUUUGUUACUAUCAUUGUUAUUGUUUUACGCUUAAGACUUUUCAGAUUGCUGCUAGGUUUACAAAACUACCUUUCCAUUAGCAUAUUCAGUUUGCCAGGGCAUCCCUUAUCCGCACUACAUUAUAUUUGGCUGGAUUAUAGAUAAGUAUAUUGUGCUUUAUGUUUGUUGUGUGCUUGAGCAAAUCUGUAGGUCAUUGUGUUGCUGGUGAACACUUGCCCUGUUUUCUUUUUUUUCUUCAGUCAAUACUUAUUUCACUUCUAUUUAUGGGAAACAGCAAUGAUUAAAACUGCAAUGACCCUUGCCCCUUUACUGCCUACAGUUGAUUUUUCAUUCUCUCUCAUGUUUCAUAAUUGCAAAAUAGUUUUUUCUCUUUUAUUCUUUAUAAUUAGUGAUUUUAGAAACCUACAGAAAUGUAUUGCUGUAAAAAUGUCUCAGUUAUACAGGAUCACUGAAGUUGUUUUUAAAAAUGUACUAAGUAUGCUGUUGUGUUUCCUUCAAAAUUGACUGUCUUCAAUUAUAGUAUCUCAUUAAUAGUUGCUUUCAUAUUAUUCAAAACUCUUAUCUCGUAUGCAUAAAAUCGUUCCCAACUGGUAAGUUUCCUUUUGCAACCUACUUGUUUAUAUAAAAAACAUGCUUUUAAGUAAAUGUCAACAUUUUCUGAAUUGUUUACUAAUGGUAUUUUGUGAUUAGCAUGAGGGAGAAUAAAGCUUUGAUGUUUGUUGGCAUUUGCCCUUAAUUAGCAAAAUCUGUUUUGACUUUUACAUAUGAAAGAAUUAUUGAUGCAGGUAAGUGUUGUAAAAAUUCACAAUGGUUAGGAAAAUAACUGUCAGAACUAUGGAAUUUAAAAUGCAGAAAGAGUUUUCAUUACAAGCUUGUUCUUUUGCUCACAUAGGAAUUGGGUUCCAUAGACCCUCUGUUGUAUGACUCAUUUUUGCUUGCUAUUUUUCUGUGUGAGUCACUGUUUCAGAAUCAGGUAAAAUGUAGGAAGAUGAAGCUGUAUGUGUGUACUCAGCUACAGGCAAUACUCCCUCUAACUGUUCUUUCUAUGUAUAACAAAGUUGCCCUGGAAAAAAAUUCCUGCCCUGUUACAAACAAAAACUGGAAGGGUAUUCUGACCUGCUGUUCCCAUCUUAGAACAAUUUGAAAUGGGUGUCCAUGUUUUCUACGUUGCUUCACGAUUCUUCAGACCAAGACAAAGAAGAAUUUUCCUCACCUGAAGAGCAUAGUAACCCAUCUUUGAUAAGGUUUUUUUUUUUAAAAAAGUGGACAAUAAAAAUAUAGGUACAGCUUUUAUUGAAGAUUUUUAAGAAUAGUAGUCCUAAUACAUUUAAACAGUUUUUCCUAAUUGUAUAAAUGAGAGCAUACAGUUAAUUUUAGUUAGGAUUACUUGAACUGUAUUUUUUUAUGUUACACAUCAGAUGUCCAAAUAAUUCUAACCAGCUCCCAAUUUCUUUUGUUUGGGGAAAUAAUUAGCAGUCCUUUGAAAUUACUUGAAAGCUCAUAAGAACUCAAAAUAAGUUGAUUUUAAGGAAAUUAUCCAUAAAUUUGGGACUGUUUAUGAUAAAAAAUUUAAAUGAUGCUUUAUUAUUUUAUUACUACUGAAAAAUAUAUAACAGGUAAUUUGUAGAUUAUUAAAGUAUCUCAAAACAGGAUACAUAAUUUUAGACUGGAUUGAAAUACUUAGAUGCUCAAGUAUUUUAUAAUAAAACGCCAUUGAGCAAUAAGCACAAAUAAAAAUCUUACAAGUGUGCAUGAGGUAUGCAAUAUGUUGGGUAAAGAAGAAAAAAUAUGUAUUGUUUAUUAGUCAAAUUUGGUUUUAGAUUCUUUUUCUACUCAGAUCUAUACUAUACCAGUUAUUAUUUUAGUCGUUCGUUACUUAGAUUGUUUAAAAUUUACUUUGUAAACUGCCUUUUUAUGCUUUUUAAGUCUUAAGUUUAUUUCCCUUGGGAGAUCAUUAUUUGGCAGCUCUAACAGAGAAAAAUAAACACCAUCCCUUCUUCUGGCUUUUGAUUGUAAGAGUACCUCUGAAGGCUCAUGGAAAAGUAGAAUGAAAAUAAUUUUUUCAGUGCAAAAAAAUGAAAUUCAAAAAAAAUUUAAAUCCAUGCAUAGUGUUUUUCAAACUGCACAUUUUCCAUGAACUUUUUGCAGACCCCUCAUGUAUACAAUUUCAGAAAUUUUUUUGCACCAAAACCAAGUUAUCUUUUAAUUCAAAUUUCCCAUGAACUUUUCAAAGUACCCUUGUGUAAUAACAGGAUUUACCCACUUGCAAAUUGAUUUGCUAACCUGCCUCUGUCAUGGAACACAGUAGAAUAAAAGUGAACUAGGAGUUUGAGGGCACCAGCCCCUUCUUGACCACGCACAUGCUAUCGAGUGGUUCAGCGUCUGUGGCUUCACCUUAGAGUGGCAGUGAUGAUAAAUGCACCCACCUCUGGAGUCAGUGAAUUUCAGGGAGGCAAUAAUGAAAACACUCUACACUUGUAAGGUAUUUAUAUUGUUAAAAUAACACCAUAACACAGAAUGGUCUUUCAUAUUCUUAAUUACCCUACCAAAAACUCAGUAUAUGUGCCCUGGGCAAGUAAGUAUUUACAAAGUUAAUUUUAUUAUUUUGCAAUUUUGAUGUGCAGAAUUCAGUUCUUCCAUUUAUGCAUGUCCUAUGCUUUACAAAAGAAUGGAGCUUUUGCUUUAACUUUUAAAAUAUCUUUUAUUGGUCUAAAUUUUUAUUUUUUCUUGUCUUUUAAACUAUGAGAAUAAUUGCCGCUUUCAAAUAUAUCCAUGGUGUAAUUGUAAUGAUGCUUGAAUGUCCUCUAUUAAAUAUUUCAGUUAUUAUACAUCAUCAAAUUUUUAAACUGUGAAAAUUUUGUUUCAGGGAAAAUUAUUAGAUUUGUGUUUAGGACUUUAAGGUUAUUUUCAUUUAACCUGUCAUUGACAAAUACUUUUGUUAUUAUAUUUUAAAACUAUUUGAUUUAUAUAUAUAUAUCCCCCCAAAUUCUUAGAAUCAUUAGUCCUGAAUGUUCACCUUAAAAAUACUUAGUUUACUAAUCUUUCAUGCCUUGUACUCUCCAGUAGAUGGUUCUAAAUUUUUCUGUCUUUUGACCACAGUUCUUUCCAUAUUUACUUGUAUAUUCAAGAAUUAUUAACAGAUCUUUUUCUAUAAGUGUUCUCAAUCUACUAACAAUCAUGCUAAGAGGCAUUUUUAAGCUAUUUUAAUAUAUUUUCAACAGUGAUCUCCAAAAACCAAUAAACCAAAUGAUGCUUCCUUGCUAACACCUUUUUCUCUUGUAUCAAACCUGUAUUUAAUCUCCUUUGCAUGUUUUUGAAAUCUAAAGAGCGCAAAGCUAUUGCUACAUUUCAACAAUCCUUGCAGCAUUCUGAAUAAUAGAUUGGCAGGUAUUGCAGGUAACAAGAGUUUAGCUCUGAGAAGCCCCUGUUGCACAAGUGUGCACAGCGUGGGCGUGAGUGUUUUCAUCAGGAGUCUGUUCUUUGGUGUGGUUCUAGAUGCCCUCUCCAAGACAGAACUGAGUUUGUCUCUCCCAUGAUAGUAUUAAACUUAAUGAAUUUUUGUUCAGUUUGGUUACCUUCAGUAACCCUACUAUCCAUUUCUCUCCAUAUGCACGUUAAGUUUUUGAAAACACAUUAAAUUGAAUUUGGGAAACGUGGGGAGUCAUUCAGCAUCACAAAUUGCCAUUUAUCUAGGUAAUACUAUUUUACCUUUUAUUUCUGCAUUUAUUUGGUCAUGUAAAUGUGCUUAGAACUAAUAAAAAUUUGCGAACAGUGAAAAUGCAUGACAUCAGCAGAGAAUGGAAUGUACGCAUGUGCCUUAAAGUUGCAAUUCUCUUGCGCUUUUUUUCCCAUCAUUUAUGCACUGGUUCCAUUUAGAGUAUAGUCUAUUCUCUUUUUUCCACCUUAGAUUGGCCAAAAUGGGAAGGAUUGGAUUCCACUCUCUUCCACGAAGAGUUAAUGGGACUGGCUAAGAUCAAAAUCUGAGUCUUUUUCCAUCAGCAGUCAGUCCCUUUUUGCUUUCUUUUACGACCACAUGAAACUUGAGAAGCCACCUAAAGCUAUAUCAUUUAGUGGAGUUGGGCAGUUCCCAAGUGUCCAACAAGAAGGCCUGGUUUAGGCUGCGAUGGCCACUGUCAUUCCUGGUGAUUUGUCAGAAGUAAGAGAUACCCAGAAAGUCCCUUCAGGGAAACGUAAGCGUGGUGAAACCAAACCAAGAAAAAACUUUCCUUGCCAACUGUGUGACAAGGCCUUUAACAGUGUUGAGAAAUUAAAGGUUCACUCCUACUCUCACACAGGAGAGAGGCCCUACAAGUGCAUACAACAAGACUGCACCAAGGCCUUUGUUUCUAAGUACAAAUUACAAAGGCACAUGGCUACUCAUUCUCCUGAGAAAACCCACAAGUGUAAUUAUUGUGAGAAAAUGUUUCACCGGAAAGACCAUCUGAAGAAUCACCUCCACACACACGACCCUAACAAAGAGACGUUUAAGUGCGAAGAGUGUGGCAAGAACUAUAAUACCAAGCUCGGAUUUAAACGUCACUUGGCCUUGCAUGCCGCAACCAGCGGGGACCUCACCUGUAAGGUGUGUUUGCAGACUUUCGAAAGCACAGGAGUGCUUCUGGAGCACCUUAAAUCUCAUGCAGGCAAGUCAUCUGGUGGGGUUAAAGAGAAAAAGCAUCAGUGUGAGCAUUGUGAUCGCCGCUUCUACACCCGCAAGGAUGUCCGGAGACACAUGGUGGUGCACACUGGAAGAAAGGACUUCCUCUGUCAGUACUGUGCACAGAGAUUUGGACGAAAGGAUCACCUAACUCGACAUAUGAAGAAGAGUCACAAUCAAGAGCUUCUGAAGGUGAAAACGGAACCAGUGGAUUUCCUGGAUCCGUUUACCUGCAAUGUGUCUGUGCCUAUAAAAGAUGAGCUCCUUCCGGUGAUGUCCUUACCUUCCAGUGAACUGUUAUCAAAGCCAUUCACAAACACUUUGCAGUUAAACCUCUAUAACACUCCAUUUCAGUCCAUGCAGAGCUCGGGAUCUGCCCACCAAAUGAUCACAACUUUGCCUUUGGGAAUGACCUGCCCCAUAGAUAUGGAUGCUGUUCAUCCCUCUCACCACCUUUCUUUCAAAUAUCCAUUCAGUUCUACCUCAUAUGCAAUUUCUAUUCCUGAAAAAGAACAGCCAUUAAAGGGGGAAAUUGAGAGUUACCUGAUGGAGCUCCAAGGUGGCGCACCCUCUUCAUCCCAGGAUUCCCAGGCAUCGUCAUCCUCCAAGCUAGCCUUGGAGCCUCAGAGCGGGUCCCUGGAUGACGGUGCAGGGGACCUCGCCCUGUCCAAAAGCUCUGUCUCCAUCAGUGACCCCCUCAACACACCAGCCUUGGAUUUUUCUCAAUUGUUUAAUUUCAUACCAUUAAAUGGUCCUCCGUAUAAUCCCAUAUCCGUGGGGAGCCUUGGAAUGAGCUAUUCCCAAGAUGAAGCGCAUUCUUCUGUCUCCCAGCUCCCCCCACAAACACAGGAUCUUCAGGAUCCUGGCAACACUAUAGGCCUUGGGUCUCUACACUCACUCUCCGCAGCUUUCACCAGUAGCUUAAGCACAAGCACCACCCUGCCCCGUUUCCAUCAAGCUUUUCAGUAGGAUUCCCAGAUGGGGGUUUAUUACAGAAACGGAUGUGUAGCCCUGCCUUAGAUGACCAUUUUUAUUUUAGUGCCUACUUUAAGACAGUAUAAAAAUUUCUGCUUUUGUAUGAUACCAAUUUUCAUUAAGCCAGUAUAAGAUAGAAACUAGCUUUUUAAAUGAGCUUUGGAACCAUUUGUGUUCAGCUAUGUUUACCUGGGUAUCUUGUCCUGAUUCACUGCCAAUUGUCCUAUUUUAUGAGUUUUAUUUCAUAUAGGAAAGCCAUUAUUAUUAUAACUAAAAAGUUUUACAGAUCCCAUGUUCAAAUUACUUUUAGAUCUUAAAAUUUUCAUUGUUUGCCCAGUAACAAUGGCUCUACCUUUUGACAUUUGGCUCAUUAAAAUUUUCUGCAUUAGAAUGUAAAUUUUAUAAAACAUGUGAAUAACUCAAGAGUUUAAAAUUUUUACUGGCCUCUAAGUGGAUUCAUAAUCAACUUUUGGUUGAAUUAAGAAUCCAUUUUGGGGGAGAUAACAGAUGAUUCUUAGACAUACCAUACUCUCAGAUCAGUAUAUUUUGAAGACUUGCUAUUGUCUGGCUAAAAUAUUUACUGUCUUUAUUAUGAGCAUAUAAGGAAAACAAAACCUAAACACAAAGCACCAGUAUUUAUAGCAAAAAGAGACUCCUAGUAAGGUAACAUAGCUUUCCAUGUUACUUAGUUGGCCCUAAUUACAGUAGACGGGAUAUUUUGUCAUUUUCAUCCUUCUUAGCUUACUGUCUUUCCAUUUAAUACGAGUGUAUCGCAUCACAGUCUUCAGAGUCAGUGUAUGCAUAGAUCUCUUUUCAUCUUUGCCACCUUUUACAGCCAAAGGUUGGGUCGAGUGCACCAGCAAUUUUAUUUGGAUUGUUGGUCUGCAGUCAGUUGGGAAUCUAGGGCCGUCGUGGAGCUCCAGACAGUAGGUGUGUUAAUCCCAGAGUGGACGGUCUCAGUGUCUAUGACUCCUAAGCAGGGAGGCAGAUGUGAAGCCCCAGUUAAAUCCUGGAAGUUUGUCUAGGGAUCACACCCUCCAUCACCAGGAUUGAAAACUUGGACUCUAGGAAUAAAGUAAAUGCAUACCACUUAAGUCAGGUCUAUUGAGAGCCAAAAGCAGUGGCCCUCUCCCCAUCGUACCUUUCUCCUUCAGCCUGAAUCCUUUCCUUGCUAUUUUCGGAUGGAGAAUUUGAAGUUUAAUGCCUUAGUGGAAAACCAUUUGAGGAAUUACCACAAGGUUUUAAGUGACUAAAAUAAAUAAUACAGUAAAACCCCACUUCUACACAUCUCUAGGAAAUGAGAGGAGUGUUGCAAGUAGGUUGAGUUUAUAGAGGACACAGUUAAGUAACUAAGCACUAUCUUCAUUAAUGUGAAAAUAACAAUCAACAGCAUUGUCUUCACUGAAUAAAAUAGUUAUGAUGGGCUUUCCUUAAGUUACACAGCCACCAAUCUUUUCAAAGUUCCAGUUAUUGUAUUUUUCUAAGGGUCGAUGGGGACAUCAACCUAAGAAACAUAUCUAUUAAGCACUUGUUAACACCUUAUUUGGGGACCCCAUCUGCUGGGGUCGGGGGGAAGAGGGAAGUUUAUGGAAGAGUGUAUAUCUCUCUUUUAAAAAAGAAAAACUAUUUCUGAGCACUCAUUGGCCCAAUAUGGGAGAUCCUUUCCCUUUCGUAGGGCCAGUUAUCACUGCAGAUUGCAAAAAAAAAAAAAAAUGUUUACCAAGAAUUUCUAAAAAUGAGUGCAGAUUACUGACUAUAAUACAUUAUUUAAAAUAUUUGGGAGUAGUAUAAUUUGUGGAGAAUGUAAAUUGUAAUAAUGUAAAUGGGGGUUUCACUAUGUAUAUUAUACACACACACACACACACACAUUUAUCGCACUUCAUAGAAUCAAAGUUGCUCUCCGAAGGAGCUUUGGCUCCUGAUAUUUUAUCAUGCUCCUAUUUUUUUUUUAAUCCUAGGAGCAGUAGUUUUUAUACGUAUGUAUUUAAAUUUUAUUAUGGAAAAUUACAUUUUAUUAAAAAAAGUGUGUUCCAAAGGCAUUAAAAUUAUAUAUGUUAAUAAGGAAAUACAUUUUUAAAAUUUUCAAACCGCUCCUAAGCUUUUGGUUAGGAGAAUGUUUGCUCUGAAAGUAGGCUUUGCGCUCUGCUUCCUUACUGCUUCCUUUAGUUUCUAUGAAACAGAUUGCUUACUUAAAUCUCUAGUUGAAUGAUUAGUGUUCAAUAUUGCUUUAAUCACCAUAAAAAAGGAAAAAAAAGAAAUGUGGUGACAGAGCACAAGUAAAUAAAAAACCUGUUUUUAAAUAAAAACCACAGAUCACAAGUGUGGAAGCACUACUUUAUUCAGUCUAAAAUGUGUUUAAGAAGAAAUCAAAUUAAUAAACUCAGACAAUGGCCUUCGUAGGCUGUAUUUUGCUUUUAACACAAUAAAAGGGAGUACCAGGAUUUAUUAAAUAAAGCAUUUUGGAACCGGGGAAUGGCGCCAUAUACAUACAUACAUCUAGAUGUGUGUAUUUCAACCUGAUUUUCUCCCUGUGUGGAAUUCACAUAUGUGGAGGCACAGCUUUCAGGGCAUAGUGUUAAAAUUGUGGAGUCCUAAUUUUCACUUUGUACUCCUCUUUGCUGUUUCUGCCCCCACAGACUUGAAUAACAUUUCAAAGUAAGAGGGAAUUCAGCUAAUUUGUUUUUAAAAUUGACCGUAGUGGUCACUAAAUCCUUUUUGAGAGAAUUUCUAUUAAAAGAUGAGGCAGACUCAUUUAUUUUAAUUGCACAAUGUUCUAACAAGGAUGAGACAGAGAAUUGGCUCUUUUGUUUUCCCUAGGGAAAAAAAUUUUUUUUUAAUAUCAACUGGAUGGGAUUAAAAAUAGUUUUUGCCAAUGCUGUUUUUAAUCUCCAGUGGCCAGAAUAGAUCAUCCUUGAUAUUUUGGGUAGUGCCUUAGCUUGGUUUAAAAAAAAAGGGAUUAACAUUAAAUAAAUAUUUUAGUUCAGAAUUUGGACCUCAGACAAGAUAUUGAACCUCAUUCAGUUUGACUUCCACAUGUGUGUAAAGAGUCAGCAAACACAGAAGUGUGGGUGUGGAAGGAUCUUGGCACUGUAAGCAAUAUUAUCCAUUGAUGUGUACUAAUAUCAUCUUUAUUGUUGUCACUGUUGGAACUUUCAUUUUAAAAUCCUGUUACCAAGUUCAUCAGUUGUGCUGGCUGAUCAUGCAUCACAAUUGAUGCAUCUUUUUUAAUUUCACUUAGUGUUUCUUUUCAAGCUGUGUAUUUUUUACUUGUUUGUUGCUUGUGCUUUUAUUUUUCUUAGUCUUUGUUGGGAUAUAGCGAUAUAUUGUGUUAAUUUGGACAGUAGCGGUUUUUAAAAACCAUAUACUGACUGAAACAUGAGCCAGAGCUGAUUGCUUUAUUAAGCUAAUAAUGAAUGUUAUAGAGAACAUAUUUUCAGGAUCAUGCAUCUAGUGAGCAAUACACAUAUUAUAGGCCAAUAUUUUUUUAAAAAAUAGAGCUUGGUCAACCUCUAUACUACACAUAUUACAAGAUAUAGCACUUUCAAAAUGAAUCUAAAUCUUUACAGAUAACUUUCUUAUAGGUUAUGCCUUUUAUUUUAAGACUUAUUAUAAUUUGUUUCAAGUGCCAUUAGAUGAGAUAUAUGUAGGCCUUUGAUAUAUAAUGCUUUGUGUACAAAAAUGGUAGAUGGUAUUUUAAACAGGUACAUUUUUACAGUGUUUUCUUAUCAAUUUGCUGUAUUGCACAGAAUCAGUGUGUGUCUUUCAUAAGGUUUUACAAUGGUUUAUUUUUUUACAAGGUUUACGUGUCUCAAAGCACACUGUCUUCCCAGUAUGUAAGUUAAAAGAAAAUACCAGUUCACCCAAGUUGCUUCUAGCCUACUGAGAUCCAUGUGACGUUGGAGGAGAUCUUUCAAACGCUGAGUAUUUGUUAUUAGCAAUGGCAGACUAUUCUGACAAAUGAGCAUCUAAGUUGAAUUUGUCUUGUUUUUCUCAUACUAUGUCAAUAGCCAUGUCUACAACACAGAUGCUCUGUUCUUAUUAUUUAGCCCUACAUAAGUUGUUGUAUGUAGUUUUGUGCUAAAAGCCCGUAGAGAACUCCUCUGGGAUCAUACAAGACAAAGUAAUGUUACCAGCACCGGUAAGGGCAUGCUUAGGUCACCAUUAGGCCCUUCUGCAACAUCAUCAACUCUAUGAGGAUGGAAGGCAGUGUCUUUUGAUAAGUUAUCUAGCUCUAGCAAUGACACAGAACUAUUGCUAACAUGUAAAACACUUCAUUGUAUAAGCUUCCGUGGUACAGAUGAACCAGAAUGAAUGUUUAUCUUCUCAGAAACACUCCUUCAAUAUUACAUUGGAUCAUGCUGCUAAUGUAACUUGGGAUACAACUCUCCAUGGUGCUACAAACCUCUGUCUCAUUCAGUUGUAUUUUUUUAUCCAUAGAAAAAGGACUGCAUUAGGUGUAAAGGUGUACAAUAUAUUUUUAUACUGUGACUUCAUUUGUCAUUAACAAACUUACACCACCACAAUGUAUUUGUGUGCACUUGCAAAAAGGAAAUCUUGGACGUGCAAAUGUUACCAGAACAAACCCAGCUUUUGUCCACAAGGUGACUGUAACUCAGAGUGGAAAGUGGGCUUUACAAUAGGGUGUGGAGUGAAGAACAUGCUGUAAGUUACUAACAGCCCUUUGAAUUUAACACAGACUGGGAAUCCAUUAGGAGGUGGAUUUCGUCAUGCCUGAACAUAAGCUGGACUGCUGAAAUUGUAUUUUUAGCUAAUGAAAAAGUGUUUGGACUAGUACUCUAAAAAUGUUCUAAUGAUAAAGUUUUGAGUCAAAAUAGAAAAGAAGAAAAUCUGCAUUCCAGGCUGAAUUUUGUAUAUUUUUAUUGCAUUUAAAAUCGCUAUUCUGUGAUAUUGGGAAAUCAAGUGGCUUAUCAUGUAUAUCAUGUACUUAAAAUGUAUUCACAAACUACUGUUGUAUUUGUAUAAAAUAUAGACAAAGAUCAUAUUUUUGUGUGUGUGUAUAAGCUCUGUAAAAUAGCAAUCACAUUAUGAAGCUGCAGUGGUAACUACAUUUGAAACAUUCACAUCCAAAGAAGCAGGCUAUUUAUUGUCCAGAUACUCACAUUUAAAAUAUUAAUUUGCUGCUAAUUAAACAAUAAUAGUACUGCA